UCACGCGUCCGUCAGUGAGUGCGCAACAGGUCUCUAUCAGUGUCAAAAGCGCAAGGAUUUCUGUCUCUUACAUAGUCUGUUUUUCAUUUGUCUCUGCAAAGUUAAGGAUUUUAAAAAGCGUAUCGUACAGAGCACACCUGUGUGGUAUCAUCGUGAUGAGGAGUUAAGGAACUUCUGAAUUUUGGUUUCAUGCCGGGACGGUCCAGCGUUACUGUCGGGCGAUGGCAAAGACAUCUCAUGUGCUUUCUCUCGUCGACAUCCUCUUUACCAUCAACUUGGUUAUAGCGAUUGAGCUCAGGUUUGUGCCUGAUCCUCCAACCUUAAACAUCAUUGAGAAGACUCUCAAAAUCAAUGCUUCAGAUACACUGGAGAUUACAUGCAGGGGACGUCAGAUCCUUGAAUGGUCUACGCCUCACAACCGAACCCGGUCUGAAAAGCGGCUCACCACAACAGACUGUAGUGGCAAUGGACUGUUCUGUAGCACUUUAACGCUCUCCAAAGCAGUUGCCAAUGAGACUGGAGAGUAUCGCUGCUUUUAUAAAAACCUGCCUGUAGAGGAUGGAAAGACUUCAGUAUCUGUGUAUGUCUUCAUACAAGAUUACCGUACGCCAUUUGUCCGAAUGGCUCAAGAUUAUGAUGUGGUGUUCAUUCGGGAGGGAGAACAGGUGGUCAUUCCCUGUCUGGUAUCCGUGGAGAACCUAAACGUCACACUGUACACAAAGUAUCCAAUAAAAGAACUGGCCACUGAUGGAAAAGAGGUCAUCUGGGAUAGCAAGAGGGGCUUCAUCCUGCCUAGUCAUGUGGUCAGCUAUGCUGGGGUUGUCUACUGCCAAACCACUAUUCGAAAUGAGACCUUUCAGUCCUCACCUUACAUUGUGGCUGUCGUAGGAUACAAGAUCCAUGACCUCACCCUCAGUCCACCUUAUGAGAGGCUAACGGUAGGGGAGAGGCUAAUGCUAAACUGCACCGCUCAUACCGAGCUCAAUGUGGGAAUCGAUUUUCAGUGGACAUUCCCUCAUGAGAAGAGAGGCGUCAACAGCUCAAUACCAAGGUCUCGCUAUGAGACCAGGUCACACAAGAAGAAGCUGUGGAAUUCCUUAGAACUGUCCAAUACUCUCGUUGUAGAGAAUGUGACUUUAAAUGACACAGGAGAGUACAUCUGCACAGCCUCUAGCGGUCAGAUGCAGAAGAUUGCCCGUGCAGCCCUCAUCGUCUAUGAGAAACCAUUUAUUGCGCUCAAUGAUCAGAUGUUGCAGACUGUGGAGGCAACUGCUGGCCAGGAAGAGGCAAAAAUCCUGGUUAAAUAUUACGCUUAUCCAGAGCCCUCUGUCAAGUGGUAUAAGAAUGAUCAGCCGAUAUUGAAGGAAGAGUACAGAAUGAAGCCCAACAGAGGAUCUCUCACUAUAUAUGGUGUUACAGAGAAGGAUGCUGGGAAUUACACUGUUGUCAUGACAAAUAAGAUUACCAAGGAGGAGCAGAGAAGGACAUUUCAACUAUUGGUUAAUGUUCACCCUAAGAUCUUUGAGAAGGAAGUGCCGUUGGAUCGAGAUGUUCAUAUGUACGGCAGUAGCCCUACACUCAGAUGCACAGCUAGUGGAGGAUCCAGCCCUGUCACAAUACAGUGGCAGUGGAUGCCCAGAGAGGACUGCCCAGUCAGAUUUCUACCUAAGUCAGAACAAAGUGUGGUUAAGUGUGACAAGUGGAGGGAGAUUUCAAACAACACAGGGAAGAAUACCAUCAUCAGCCCCACAUCUGUCAUUGAACGCUCUCUGAAGACCAUCAGCACACUGAAGAUCCAGAAAGCAGUUGAUCAUGCUCUCUACAGGUGCAUUGCCUCCAAUAAGAUGGGAAUAGAAGAGCGGGUCAUUGUGUUUCAAGUAGCUCGUUUCCUCAACCUAAGCAUCCUCCCUUCCAGCAACCCUAUUGAGGGAGAGGAUGUGGUAAUGCGCUGUGUAGCCGAUCGACUGCUGUACUCUAACUUGCGUUGGUAUCGGGUAACAAACAUGGCCAACCUUGAUGCCUCUCCAGCAGCCGUGCCCUGCGACACCCUUACCCUGUCACCUCUCUACCAGACCAAUGUGACCAUAUCAGGCCUGCAGGGCACCAAUGCAACACUGGACCUGCCCAUACCCAAUGCCACAUUGAUGGACCAAGGCCUGUACGCUUGCCAAGUGGAAAACGUGGGCACCAGUGAGAGAACUUGCUUACUGCACAAUCUGAGACUCAGAGCUCUUGAGAUGUCAAGAAUUGUGACUAAUCUGACUGACCAGAGAGUGAACGUGAGUGACUCUACCACUCUAGUGUGUGAAGUGUCCGGCACACCAACACCUACUGUAGUUUGGACUAAAGACAACCAGACUGUCACAGAAGGAUCAGGUGUGAUUCUGAAACGGUCAAAUCGUGUCUUAACCAUCCAGCGGGUGAAAAAAGAGGACAGUGGUCUUUACAUAUGUACGGCCUGUAACCAGCAGGGCUGUGACUCUCACGAGGCUCACGUCUCUGUAGAUGGUGCAGAAGAAAAGAUGAAUGUGGAAUUGAUCAUGCCUAUUGGUGCCGUGGUCAUCGCCAUGUUCCUCUGGCUCCUCAUCGUCUUCGUCAUCCGUAACAGGAAACGGCCUAAUGAAGGAGAUCUGAAAACUGGCUACCUGUCAAUGAUUCUGGACUCAGAUGAUAUGCCAAUGGAUGAGCACUGUGAGAGACUGACCUAUGAUGCAAACAAGUGGGAAUUCCCACGUGAUAGACUCAAGCUAGGAGAGCCGCUGGGCAGAGGGGCAUUUGGUCAAGUUGUGGAGGCGACCGCAUAUGGUAUUGAGAAGGCCACCACCUGUACUACAGUAGCAGUGAAGAUGCUUAAGGAGGGCGCUACCACCAGUGAGUACCGCGCUCUAAUGUCUGAGCUGAAGAUCCUCAUCCAUAUUGGUCACCAUCUCAAUGUAGUCAACCUUCUAGGAGCCUGCACCAAACCAGGAGGACCCUUGAUGGUGAUUGUAGAGUACUGUAAACACGGCAACCUCUCCAGCUAUUUAAAAAGCAAGCGAGGAGAGUACAGUCCCUACAAGAAGCGAACACCACGGAUGGCGUGCAGGAGGGAGGUGCAGCAGGAAGAGGAUUUGAAUGAGGGGGAUCUGGGUCUGGGAACCAGCAGUCGACUGGACAUCUGCACCGGCACCGCCGUGUGCACCAGGAUGGGAGAACAGGCCUCCACCACUCAGCUGCAGGAUGAACAAGAGAGUUCAGAUUGGGAUCACCUGACGAUGGAGGAUCUCAUCAGCUACAGCUUCCAGGUGGCCAAAGGCAUGGAGUUUCUAGCCUCUCGAAAGUGUAUCCAUCGGGACUUGGCAGCCAGAAACAUCUUGCUUUCUGAAAACAGCGUGGUGAAGAUAUGUGACUUUGGACUGGCCAGAGACGUAUAUAAAGACCCUGAUUAUGUCCGCAAAGGAGAUGCUCGUCUUCCUCUGAAGUGGAUGGCUCCAGAGACCAUCUUCGACCGUGUGUAUACCACACAGAGUGAUGUCUGGUCAUUUGGUGUGCUGCUCUGGGAGAUCUUCUCACUUGGUGCGUCUCCAUACCCAGGUGUGUGCAUUGAUGAGUCUUUCUGCAGGCGGCUAAAAGAGGGAACCAGAAUGAGAGCUCCAGACUACGCCACACCCGAGAUAUACCAGACCAUGCUGGACUGCUGGCUUGAUCGUCCCAAAGACAGGCCAACCUUUACACAGUUGGUUGAGCAUCUAGGCAAUCUGCUACAAGCUAGCGCUCAACAGGAUGGAAAGGACUAUAUUCCAUUGACAAAUGGAGAGAUAGAAGAGGAAUCGGGGGCUCCUCACCUCGGUGUGACAUCUAAAAGAACAUUCUAUGCAGGCAACAAAGAGGCCCAGCUCCACUAUGACAAUGCUCCACCUCUGGGGUUCCCACAGCAGAUAGACAGCUGCGGUGUGCCAGUAAGUAUGACGACUUUUGUGGACAUUCCCCUGGAGCACACUGCUGUGAUGAGCGGUCACAUGGACUGCGGAGUGGGCUUAUCGCGUGAGCAAAUGAAAGCUUUGGAUCGGCAAGUGCAAAGGCCGCUUAAUUUCAGCCCACUACUGCGAUGCAAGAGUAAGGAGUCUUUAGCUUCUGAAUCGUCCAAUCAGACCAGCGGCUAUCAGUCCGGCUACCACUCAGACGAUGCAGAAGCCCCUAUUUAUGCCAACGAGGAGAUGAUCCUGAAGAGAGACAUUCGGAUGAAACCUCCACUGCCCAAGAGAAACGACAAGUUCGGCGCAGAGGUCCGCUAUAGUGCGCCUCCAGUUUAACAUAUGUAGCGCUUCAAACAGUCUUCCUCUUUAUGUUAUUUAGAACUUUAAAGGGAUAGUUCACCCAAAAAUUAAAAUUCUGUCCUUAAUUCCUCACCCUCAUGUCAUUCCAAACCAGUAAGACCUUUGUUUAUCUUCAGAACACAAAUUAAGAUAUUUUGAAAUCCGAGAGCUUUCUGACAAGGGUUGCCAGGUUUUCACAACAAAACCCUCCCAAUUGCUACUCAAAACUAGCCCAAUCCUGUUUUGAAAAAGAUCUCCCAUUAAAAAUUGUGUUUGUUUGGUAAAAAUACACGUUUUUUGACAGUGUCUCCCUGGUAAAAUUCGCAUUCCAUGGGAUAAAUAUCACGUUUUUGGGGUCGCUUCAACCCACGGACAUCGUAGCCGGAAAACCGGGAAAACUGCAGACUUGGCAACACUGUUUCUGACCCUGCAUAGACAGCAAUGCAACUGACACUUUCAAGACCUAGAUAGGUAGUAAGAACAUCAUUAUUUUUGUUUUCUUUGCACACGAAAAGUAUUCUUGUAGCUUCGUAAAAUUAAGGUUGAACCACUGAUGUCAAAUGGACUGUUUUAACGAUGUUCUUAUUACCUUUCUGGGUCUUAAAGGUGGUAGUUGCGUUGCUGUCUAUGUAGGGUCAAAAAGCUAUCGGAUUUCACUAAAAAAUAUCAAUAUCUCAAUUUGCGUUCUGAAGAUGAACGAAGGUCUUACGGGUUUGUAACGACAUGAGGGUGUGUAACUAAUGACAGAAUUUUAAAAUAUUUGGGUCAACUAUCCCUUUAAUGUAGUAGUUCAGCCAAACAUGAAAAUUUCAGUUUCAUCAUUUACUCACCCUUAAGUUGUUCCAAACCUGUGUGUUUCUUUCUUCUGCUGAACAUAAAUAAAGAUAUUUUGAAGAAUGUUGGUAACCAAACAGUUCAUUGUUGCCAUUGACUUCCAUAGUAUGGAAGAAAAAAAAUUACUAUGGAAGUUGAAGGCUACAAGAAACUAUUUGGUUACCAACAUUCUUAAAAAUGUCCUCAUUUGUGUUCAGCAGAAGAAGAAAUAAUGACAGAGGCUGAGUAAAUAAUGACAAUUUUUUUAUUAACUAAAAAUUAAAAAAAUUAAAAUUUGGACAUCAUUUUCUCACCCUCGAGUCUUUUUAAAUCCUGUACGACUUUCUUCUCUUCAACACUGAAUUUAUUAUUUAUAGCAGAAUGUCCAAGCUGCUCUUUUCCAGAAGUGAAUGGUGACCACACUUGGUUUUGCUAUCAAAUGGCUUGAGAAUAUUUAUAAUAUGUGCCCCUGGACCACAAAACCAGUCAUAAGGGUCAGUUUUUGAAAAGCUUUCCAUUGAUGUAUGGUUAGGAUAUUGUCAGGAUAGGAUAAUAUUUGGCUGACUAUUUGAAAAUGUGGAAUCUGAGGGUGCAAAAAAAUCCAAAUAUUGAAAAAACACCUUUAAAGUUGUCCAAAUGAAGUUCUUUGCAAUGCAUAUUACUAAUUAAAACUAACGUUUUGAUAUAUUUACGGUAGGAAAUGUACUAAAUAUCUUAAUGGAACAUGAUCUUUAAUUAAUAUCCUAAUGAUUUUUGUCAUUAAAGAAAAAUGUAUCAUUUUGACCCAUACAAUGUAUUGUUGGCUUUUGCUACAAAUAUAUCCGUGCUGCUUAGGACUGGUUUUGUGGUCCAGGGUCACAAAUGUGAUAUAUGGGCUAUUUUUGUGUAGCCCUUGGUCACCAUCCUCUUUCACUGUCUGAUAGAAUACAACUUUUUUGUUCCUCAGAAAGUCACACAGGUUUAGAACAACAUGAAGGCGCAUAAAUGAUGACUAAUUUUCUUUUGUGAGCUUCCCUUUCAUGCUCAUGUGACGGAACAGCCAAAGGGCAAUUUCCUACCUAAAAUGAGUAGCAACCUUCUCACUUUUCAUCUCGUAUUAGAUUUUCCUGCCAUUACUCAUAAUGACUCCAAUAUCGCAACCACAUGACUGCAUCAUCCAAAAACAACAAACUCUUAAAUUGGGUCUGUUGAACCUCUGAUUGAGGUGCGCCCCAUUAUCGCUUUUUUGGUAAUUGUAUGCGUAAAGGAACCGCUGAUUCAUUCGAACUCUUAACUGUUUCUUUUAUCAUACUCACUUUUUGAAAUAAAUGUAAUAUAUUGUUUUGGAACAGACUGUUUUGGAGCAGAUAAGAUGUAUGUUUUAGUUUUAUUCUUCUAAAUGUCAGGGGAGUUUGGAGAGUGAGAAAGCCUUAGCAAUACAAUCAUGUUUACACAGCCCGCGGAGCGAGAGUGGUCUCUCGGUGUGUCCACGCCACUUCCUGAGCAAAGGCAUGCCCUCUUCCUACCGCACAGGAAAUAGCAACUGGAAUGUCAGACAAUCGAGUGUGUGAAUGUUUUCCAUUUUUUUGUCUUCAUCUUUUACAUUGUCUUUAAACGAAUCGUGACCAGACUUGUUCUCCCCCAAGCAACAAACAGUCUGUCUUGUUUUCUCAGCUUUGUUUCUCGGUUGGCCUUUUGAUUGUACAGUUUAUGAUGAGGGCCUUCUUUGUCUUGUAAGAAAAAUGUCAGUAUUUUGCCAUUAUGAUUAUAUUAUUUAGUUACACGUUCAUUAAUGUAAUUAGUUUUUUAAAAUAAACACUCUUGUCAGUUAAAAACAACA